AUCCCACGUCGAUUGGAGAGGGGACCGAAGCAUUAUUUAUACGGGUGCAUUUGAGGUUAUUGAUUUCAAGCACAAUGGGUGAGCAUUGCACAAGUUUCUUCACGUUGAAUGCUGCAGAGAGUUGGGUAGUUAGCUUGUAAAAUUAGUUGAUGUAUGUCAUAAGCUAGCCUAUACAUCGACAGUUGUAAUGAAAAAUGAUAUUUUGUCACUUUUUAUAUAAAUCUCAUCAAAUAAAAAAGAUUAUUUUAAGAUUAUAAGCGCACAUGGAAUUCCUGAGCUUCAUACAAGUAUCUGGGAGCAAGACCUUCAAACAGUUUCUUUUCCGUGUAUCAACUGUUGUAUAAGUUCUAGUUUCCACAGUGAAAUGAGAAUGGAUUGGAACGGAAUGGAAUCGGUUUAUGUGGAUGCACAAUUUUUGUUCACAUGGCCACGGCCCCUGGCGGAGUCGUCGUGUAAAUGUAAUUUGGAUACACCAUUACGUACUAUUCACUUAUGACUAGUGAUAGAUGGAUGGAGGGGCGGAGAAAGUCAAAGGCUAAAUUGGUCAUGGUCCAACUCAACCGCCCAAGCCGUAGAGGGGCAAUAAUUUAAGUUGAAUGCGGCAGCCGCACCAAUACAAGACCAAAAUUGUAAAUAUAAAAUAGUAAUAGGAAAUAAAUAUGUUAGACAACGAUGGGUGACGGGAUGGGCGUUGCUUCUGAGCCACUAAAAAUUGUAUAAUUUAUUGGGAUACUAUGGUGGUGAGAAUAAUUUAACAGCACUCGUGGAAUAUUUGGAAAGACAGGGCAUAGGCUGGGAUAUUAAACUACUGUGGUGGGCAUCGCCAUAUUAUAAAUAUAAAAUUAAAUUGAACUACAACAGGGGCGCGUGGAACUCUCUCUCUCUCCCCUCCGUCACAAUUGUUUGUUGUCAUCCCCCGUCCAAAGUCCAAAGUCCAUAAUCAAACAAAGAGACAUCACACCAUGAUGGGGAUGGGGAUGGGGAUGGGGACGGGGAGUUUCGCGUUCACCCCGGGUAGGCAGGCGGGCAAGGGCAGCCGCACGUUCUUCGUCUGCUCUACUACCAAAAUAUAAAUACAUAAACCUGACCACACACACGAGGAGAAGGAGAGAAGGUAAAUAAUAUUAUUGUAAGUAAUGACAAAGGUAUUCCCAAACGGGGCUUCCUCCUCCUCAACCGACGCCACCCAGACUGUCCUCACCGUGUGGAAGAAAUCUAUGUUGUUAAACUGUGAGGGGUUUACCGUGUUUGACGCCAACGGUAACUUGGCUUACAGGGUCGACAACUACCUCGCCGGCAAUAAGGCCCAGAUCCUUCUCAUGGACGCCGCCGGCAACCCUCUUUUCACCAUCCGUCGCAAGAGAUUGAGCCUAGCCGAUAGCUGGGUGGUUUACGAGGGAGAAAGUGGCGUGAAUCCCCGGUUCUCGGCGAGGAAGCAAAUGAAUCUGCUUAAAUCCAAGUGCUUGGCUCGUAUUGUUGAAGGAUCGUGGUCAGGUAUGGGUAUGUGUACGUAUGAGAUCGAGGGGUGUUACGGGAAAAGAUGCUGUGCGGUGUACGAUGAGAAGCGGAGAAUAGUGGCGGAGAUAAAACGCAAGGAGGCAACGGGAGGGAUGAGCUUCGGGAUGGACGUAUUCCGGCUCGUCGUCCAGCCUCAGAUAGAUACCACAGUAGCCAUGGCCCUCCUCGUCCUACUAGACCAGAUGUUUGGAUCUUCUUCCACUCCAUGAGAGAUUUUGCUGUCCUCUACGCCUCUCUACCCCAUACCCCCCAUAAAAAAAUCAACCACAUCUUUGUCUAUGCUCCUCUUUUUUAAUGCCUUUCCGCUUGCUUCUCUCUUUCACUGUACAUCAUAUAAAUACACACAAUUUUCCUUUUAUAAAUACAAAUGCUAUAACAACAUUCUUCCCCUUCA